AGCCCUGAUUUUGUGUGGAGGGAAAGAAAAAAGUUUGGAUUUUUAUUUUCCCGGUGAGGAAAAUAUGACGACCAGAGGAAGCAGAUCGGAGAAAGUCAAGAGAAUUUUCCAUCAAUUCGAUGGAAACCGUGACGGUGGAUUAAGCCGUGAAGAGAUGUCAGCUCUCGUCGUAGCUGUGAACCCUAGGGUUAAAUUCAGCGAUGAACAAAUCAGCGCAAUUCUCGACGAAGUGUUUCGUACCUACGCUGAAUUCAUCGAUGGAGAUAAAGGUUUGACCUUUGACGGUCUUCUCCGAACUUACGACGACGGUGCUGGAGAUGUUGAUCGUGAUUUCGACGCUUUAGGGAUUGAGUUUAACGGCGAUGAAGCUUCAAAGGGUGGCUCUGAAGCUUCGUCUUCUUCGAUUACUGAUGAGAGAGCUGUUGAGGCGCAGAAGCAGCAGAGAACGGCGGCUUGGGCGGUUUCGCCGAAUCAUGGUAUUGUUUUUGAUGAGACGUGGAAGCUUGUUGAUGAUUUGGAGAUUUUGGUUAAGAGAUUGAAGUCUAAGCAGGAGAAAGAUGGGAAAUUGAAAGUGGAUAAUAAUAAUAAUGUGGAUGCGUUUUCUGAUGCUGGAUGGUCUAGAGAGUUGGGACCGUCUUCGGAUAUUUCGGAUAAGAGAAUUUACUGGGAAGAAUCGAGUCACGAUUACGCGGUGUUUGUGAAGGAAUUAGGUGUGUUGAGAAGUAAAGCUGAUGGUGCUAGAUCAAGAGAAGAAGCUUUUGAUGGACAUAUGGCGAUUGGUAGGGUUUUGUAUGAGCACCAAUUGUUUAAAGAAGCUCUUGUUAGUUUUAAGAGAGCUUGCGAGUUGCAACCGACGGAUGUGAGACCUCAUUUCAAAGCUGGGAAUUGUCUUUAUGUAUUGGGGAAGUAUAAAGAGUCGAAAGACGAGUUUUUGUUGGCGUUGGAAGCUGCGGAGUCCGGUGGGAAUCAAUGGGCUUACUUGCUUCCUCAGAUUUAUGUCAAUCUCGGUAUCUCUCUUGAAGGCGAAGGUAUGGUUUUGAGUGCUUGUGAGUAUUAUAGAGAGGCUGCGAUUCUUUGUCCAACGCAUUAUAGAGCCUUGAAGCUUCUAGGUAGUGCUCUGUUCGGUGUAGGAGAGUAUAGAGCUGCUGUGAAGGCUUUAGAGGAAGCUAUAUAUUUGAAACCGGAUUAUGCUGAUGCGCAUUGUGAUUUGGCUUCGUCACUUCAUGCAAUGGGUGAGGAUGAGAGGGCUAUUGAAGUUUUCCAGAGAGCUAUAGAUUUGAAACCUGGUCAUGUUGAUGCUCUUUAUAACCUUGGUGGGCUUUACAUGGAUUUGGGUAGGUUUCAGAGAGCUUCGGAGAUGUACACUAGAGUUUUAGCUGUGUGGCCUAACCAUUGGCGUGCUCAACUCAACAAGGCUGUGUCCUUGUUGGGCGCUGGAGAGACCGAAGAAGCUAAAAGGGCUUUAAAGGAGGCCCUGAAAAUGACAAACCGAGUUGAGUUGCACGAUGCAGUAUCUCAUCUGAAACAGUUGCAGAAGAAAAAGGUCAAAAAAGGAAAUAGUGCGAAUGAAGAAGGUCCGUUUAUUGUUGUGGAACCUUCCAAAUUCAAGACCGUCGGCGAGAAGACUACUUUAAGGCCAGAUUUAGCCAUAGCUCUUCAAAUUAGAGCCUUCCAGAGAGUUACAAGGCUGUGGAAAUGCGAUGUUGAAGCAUUAAGAAGAGAGAUGAGAGAUAACAAUGUUCCUGUAUCCUAUUCCGGCAAUGGAGUGCCCACAAAAUCUAUAAGGAGACCAAACUUAGAAGAGAUUCUCCGGCGUCUGCUUAAUGUCCUGAAACCUGAAACUUUCCAAGGAGCGAUUAAGGCCAUAAACGAGAAAAUCCUCUCGGUGCUCGAUGAUUCAGGGUCGGGAAGAGUUGAUUUGGGAAUGUUUUAUGCGGUGAUUGCUCCUUUAUGCGGUGGCCAUCCAGACAAAAGGAAAAGAGUUGCAUUUGAUGCGCUUCUUUGGAAACCGGAAAACGAAGGAAGCUCUCAGAUUACAAAAAUGGAAGCUGUCAAAUACAUCAAACUCUUGAGAGCUAUCUACAUACCAUCACAAGGAAUGAGCGAAAUGUUAGAAGUUCAUGGAGAAACUGAUGAUACUUCGACGGUAACAUUCAACCAGUUUCUAGAGAUGUACGAUGAUUCAGAGUGGGGAUUUGGUAUCAUGUCGACUGUUUUUAAACUCGAAACAAGAGAUAGGAAUCGACACGGGAACCAGGUUUGUUCGGUUUGUCGAUAUCCGAUUAUCGGGUCUCGGUUUAAGGAAGUGAAAACAGGGUUUAGCCUCUGUAACCAAUGUUACAGCGAAGGGAAAAUUCCUCCAACGUUUAAACAGCAGGAGGAAUAUAAAUUCAGAGAGUAUGGAAGUGAAGUGGAAGCCAUGAAAGCUAAGUGUGUUUGUUUUUCAAUGCAGUCUCAUAAAAAACCAAUAGCCACUUGAAAAAUAUCCAUAAGCUUCUUCUUUUUUUGUGUGGUAUUUUUUUUUCCACAGUUCUUGUUUCUUAAAUCUUAAUCUGUAGUCUUUUUUCUUAAGUUGUGUGUAUAGUUUUGAUGAAGUGUGUGUUGGUGAGCAAGUAUGAAUGUAUGAUUUCUUGUUGUACUCUUAAAUUGUUUUUU